GGUAAAUGAAUGUUUAUAGAGUAAAUUCGUACAAAAUUUGUAAUUAAUAAAGCAUUAAAUAAUUAAUAAUGAAUGGAAAUGUGCGCGAGGUACCUGAUCAGUUCAGCUGUACAAUUAUUUUCGUGCUAUUUUCAUGAAAAGAAUAUAAAUUAACGGCAAAAACAACUGAUAUUUAUAAAAAAGUGUAAAAUUGAUUUAAUUUGAGUGUUUGCAAUACGAAUUAUUAAAUAAUAAUUAAGUUUUUAUCAAAUGUGAAUAGUGUUGUGAAAACCUGUGAAAACUAAUGAGUUACUACAUUACCGAUCGCAUAUGAUAAUAAAAAGUUCUCGAUGAGUGUAACAAAAACUGCAAUUUAACCAAGUACAUAAUUUCCGGGAAUGCAGAGAUGGCGCCACCAGUUCUUACAAUACAGUGCGAGCAUGUUUUCUUCCAAGCUUUUGCUUUGAAAGAAAAUAAGAAGUGAAUUUUAAAAUGCAGAAUAAAGUUAUACAAAUAAUUAUUGAUUUCAUAAUUGUUUCUCGUCCAAAAUUACUGACAUGAUUGCAGCUUUUUUGUUACACUCAUCGAGAACUUUUUAUUAUCAUAUGCGAUCGAACAAUUAGACAAUUUCCUGAACAAUAUCUGAUAAAAUGGCAUUCGUAGUAAAAUCAUCAAGCACUAUCUCAAAUAAUGUCAUGAGGAGCUUCAAGCAAGCAGUGAAGCAAAAUAAUCUGCUUCGCAUCAAUGAGAUAGCAUCGAGUGGAACGGUUCAGCAAGCUGAUAAAUAUGGUGAUUCAUUCCUACAUAUAAUCGCUAAGGAGGGAUCACCUGAAGCUGCGCUCAUAUUGUGUCAGCUUGGAGCAGAUAUUUACCUUUGGAACAAGCAGAAGCAAUCUCCAUUAUUCUACGCUCUCCAAAAUUCUGUGGACAUGGUGAAGGUACUGUUAAAUCAUAGUAGAAUUAAUGAUUGGAAUUUACUUCGACAAGCAUUAAUAUUCGGUUCUGAGGAAGUUGUUCGUCUCAUCGUAAACAGACUUCCUUUAAAUUUUAACAAUCUUUUUUCGACGGCUGCGAUUUUAAAUAAUAAUUUUAAGUAUAGCGAAGUUUGUGAAUUUAAAAAUACCGAGGAAGUUGUAAAAGCUCUUUUACAACUUCAAAAAUAUUCUAAACCCGAAUUUCUUGAUUAUCCAUUAUUAAUUUUGUUUGCAGCUAAAAUUUUAAAUAAAAAUAUUUUACAAAUAAUUUUAGAGGAUUGUGAAAAAUAUUUAGAAGAAAAUUCUUGUUAUGUUAGACCGUUAUUUAAUAAGCAAGGAAGUAAUGAGACAAUAGAGAGAUUUUUUCCGAUUGAAAUUAGUUAUCGAGGACGAUAUAGUGAAACUGCAUUGCAUUAUGCAGUAUGUUUACAAUAUGAGGAAGCGGCUAAAUUCCUUUUAAAUGAAGGAGCCGAUCCAAAUUGUAAAACACGCGACGAAUUGACACCACUUCAUUAUGCCUCAUAUUUUGGAAAUGAGGAAAUAUGUAGACUUUUAUUAGCUUUUGGAGCGGAAAGCAAUCCAAAUUCCUGCUAUUCAAAUGAUCCAAUGCAUUUUCUUUGUAGCCAACGUUGUAUAUUAAACUUUGAAUCCCAUUUUAUUACAAAUUCUCAUCGUCCAAGCAAUCCCUUACACUUAGUGUGUGGGGACAGCGAUGCUAGGCAUGUUUUAAACUCGUCCCUUAAAUAUUUCAUCAGCGAGAUGCAUGAGUUGUGUUACGUACCGGAUACAAUUUUUCAUACAAACAUUUUGUCUUUAUUACUCGAGAAUGGUGCAAAUCCAUUUAUUCAAGGAAAAUUUAAUUAUAAUCCAUUUUUCAGCGUCUGUGAAAAUGGACGUUUGAGGGAGAUGGCAAUUUUCCUUGAAUAUUUACCGAUUUGCGAAAUUCCGGAAUAUAGGGGUAACACUGCUCUGCAUAUUGCGGUCAUGAACAAUGACCUUGAUAUGAUUGACUUACUAGUUAAAAAGGGGCAUAGCAUGGAAACAAAAAAUUCCUUGGGACACACUCCCUUAAUGUCUGCUGUGUGGAUGGAAAAACAGCCAUCCUUACAAACAAUCGAAAAAUUGGUCUACCAUGGAGCCGACCUCCAUGCUAUUAGUUUUGAAGGCUGGACGGUUUUGCAAAUGUCGGCCUGUUUUAAUAAACCGGAGGUAGUUCUAAAAUUAUUAGAAUUAGGUUCCGAUGAUUUGUGGAAACUGCCUAAAUCUUCGGAAUUACAGCGAGUGUCCAAUACUUGGUCGACAGUUGGUCGGGGAUUGCAAGUUCUUAUAGCGAUUAUUGCUCUUAAAUAUAAUGAGUUAGGUGACUAUGUUAAUAAUUAUAUAAAACCUAGUGACCAUGACAAAGCAUUAAAUUUUUUUGCUGAAUCGAAAUUAGAAGUUGUAACUCUGAAAAAAACGAUGAUUUUUAAAGAUAGGCGUUUUUCGUAUUACGAUUUCUUGACAGGGAAUUUUUCAAGUGUUAUACGGAUUAUUAGAAAUGUGAAAUUAACAAAUGAGUUAAUUUCCAUUUCAAAUAUGAGUGCAAAGUUUCCCUGCUAUGCCUAUUUAAUUAGAAGACGAUUUUUACAAAUUGAAAAUUUAGGAGAUUCUGUCGAUCAUAUCACUGAUUUCUUAACAAAUUUAAGUGAAACAAAACCUUUACCUGUUCUCGUUGUUAAUAAAAUUUUUGAUUAUCUUUCUUAUAAGAAUAUUCAGGUUUUUGGAGAUGCUUUGUCCAAAAUAUAAUAAUGAAAUGGUGUCUUUUCAUUUUAACAUUUAUUUCAUUUUUGUAUAAAUGUUUUUUAUUGUAAAAUAUGUUUUUCAUUGUAUAUAUAUUUUUUAUUGUACUUAUUUUUAAUUGUAUGUUUUUUAUUUUAUAUUUAUAAAAAUGUAAAUAGUGUAAAUAUAUGUAUAAAUAUUAUAAGUAUGUAAAUAGUGCGUGUAUAUAAA